UGAAGAUUGGCGGGCAGAAAAUGGAGACAAACUGCCUCAACUUCAUCAGACUGCCUCAUUGGAGGACCAUAACUCCAUCCACAACCCUGGUCAUCUGAUGGAACCCAACUUUGAUGCUCUUAGGAAGCUCUUGGGGGUUGAUGAUCGUUGACUCCCAACUCAACCUUGGCAGGAGGGAGGUGAAGAACAGAAGGCUACAUCUGGAAAUAAACCCCAAAACUCUCCAUCAGUGGAUGAGCUCAACCUGCUGUAACAUAUUCCUGUGCCAGGGAGCAAAGAGACCCAGAUUGUACUGCAAACUCUGAGUGAGAUCCCGUGCUGGGGACUUGCCACCCCUCAGGAGCUGAAAGGGACGGGACGGGACCGGGUCACCCUUCAUCCUUUACGGACAGAGCUGCAACGAGCACGCCGCUGUUUGCUGCACACAUCCUGGUUGUGAUCCCUACCCAGGAAAUCUUGUUUUGGGAGCAGGAGGAGGACGCUUGCAGGGCAGCUGCUCCCUGAGCACGCCCCAAACACUUCUCGAUGUGACUCCCACCCAGGAUGCACCAUGUCUCCCCGGCACCGGCUCUGACGAUGAUGGCCACCCAGACAGUUCCCCCUCCUCCCUACCAAGACACCCCACAGAUGACAGCCACAGCCCAGCAGCCCACCAAGGCACAGUCCGUCCAUCUCACCACGCCGGCAGCAGCCGCCAACGCGCCGGUACCCGCCGCGGCCGGUGACCCCCAGGCACAACUGGAGGCUGACAAGAGAGCUGUCUACAGGCACCCGCUGUUCCCACUGCUGACUCUGCUCUUUGAGAAGUGUGAGCAGGCAACCCAGGGCUCUGAGUGCAUCACCUCAGCCAGCUUCGACGUCGACAUCGAGAACUUUGUCCACCAGCAGGAGCAGGAGCACAAACCCUUCUUCAGCGAUGACCCAGAGCUGGACAACCUGAUGGUGAAAGCGAUCCAGGUGCUGCGAAUCCACCUCCUGGAGCUGGAGAAGGUCAAUGAGUUGUGCAAGGACUUUUGCAACCGUUACAUCACCUGCCUCAAAACCAAGAUGCACAGUGACAACCUACUCAGGAACGACCUAGGGGGGCCCUACUCCCCCAACCCCUCCUCCAUCAGCCUCCACCCUCAGGAGAUGCUGCAGAGCUCCCCCGCGGCGCUGCCGCCCCCCUCCAACCCACCGCCGGGCAUCGUGGUGCCAGCGGCCGCGCUGCCGCCUGGAAACCUGGCCAUGAGCGCUGGCAGCGGCUCCCCUGCAGUGCCAGGUGGAGCUUUGUACCAGCCUGUGACCAUGGUGACGUCGCAGGGCCAGGUCCUUGCCCAAGCCAUCGCCCCCGGUGCCCUGCAGAUCCCCAAUGCCCAGGUGAACCUGGAUCUCACCUCCCUCCUGGAUGGUGAGGACAAGAAGUCCAAGAACAAGAGGGGCGUCCUGCCCAAACACGCCACCAACAUCAUGCGCUCGUGGCUCUUCCAGCACCUCAUGCACCCCUACCCCACAGAGGACGAGAAGAGGCAAAUUGCUGCCCAAACCAACCUGACCCUCUUGCAGGUCAACAACUGGUUCAUCAACGCCCGGCGGCGCAUCCUGCAGCCGAUGCUGGACGCCAGUAACCCAGACCCAGCCCCCAAAGCCAAGAAAAUCAAAUCCCAGCACCGACCCACCCAGAGGUUCUGGCCCAACUCCAUCGCUGCCGGGGUCCUGCAGCAGCAGGGAGGCAAUUCAGGGACAAAUCCUGAUGGGGCUCUCAGCAUGGACAACCUGCAACCCCUCUCAUCAGCCACAGCCACCAUGGCCAUGCAGCAGGCCAUGCUGGCAGCCCACGACGACUCCCUGGAUGGCACAGAGGAGGAGGAAGAGGAUGAGGAGGAUGAGGAUGAGAUGGAGGAAGAAGAAGAAGAAGAAGAGGAGGAAGAGCUGGAAGAAGAGCCCGGUGGCCUCCCGACGGCGCCCAGCGCCGACCUCGGCUUGGACCACAGUGACUCGCUGGAGUAGCUCCCUCCUUCCCCAGCAAAAACAAAUCACUUGGCAGCACCAGAAACAAAAAUCCCCUUCCCAAAUGCCAAAACAGAGAGAGAAAAGAACCACCCUGGCAAGAACAAAACCCCCACAAACUGGGGAGAAGGAAGCAAAGCGGAGGCGCUGCCCAGGGGAGCUCAGCCCCCACCACGCCAGCACAUGGAAGCGCAGGACACGUGUUUACAAGGCACAUAUUGUGGCCAGAUGAAUUUCUUUGGGUUCUUAUUUUUCUUCCUCUUCCCCUCCUCCCUUCAAUGUUUGGAGGGGAAGCUGUUUUUUGCCCCCCUCCCCAUGGAUGCUGCCCACAGCACGGGGGGAUUCGCCGUGGGCCACCGCGGCCGUCGCUUGGAUUCUUGGUGCAGAAACCUCCCCCAACAACCCCUCAAUAACUCCAGGACUGAUGCUUUUUGGGGUGUUUUUUUCUCCCCAGAAAGGUGAUUCACAGGCAUCAGCAUCAUCAGGGAAGGUGGGGACGUUGUAAAUCAGAGGAUCUGAGGAGGGUUUAGGUGUCUCUCAAACCUUCCCCACUUUGGCCUCGAUGCUGUGGCCAGUUGAUGACUCCGGACACUUUUUUUGGGGGAAAAGGGAGGAAAUUCUUCCCCAAAUCCUUUAAUUUAUGUGUGAAACCCCCCUUCCCCACCCCAUCCUCAUCCUUAAGGGCUGAGACUGGAUGCAGAGUUGGGGCAAAGCCCUACAGGAGCGAGACUUUCCCACAGCAUUUGGGCACCAAGGCAGGAAAAAGAACCAACUGGGUUUAUAAAGAAAUGCAGCUUUUCCACCCCAAAAUUGAAAGGGCAAGGGCUGAAGGGAAAGAUUGUUGCUGGAAAAAGAUGGUUUCUUCCUGAUAUUGUGGGGAAAUGGUGGAGUUUGACCCCAGAGGAGUCACUGGGGAGGGCAGGGUGGGGGGUUUUUUUAAACAAAAAGGGUGAAUUUCGCCUUAAAAACCACAAAAAAAAGCAAAACCCAGGUGACAUGGGGCAAAAAUAAUAAAGGCAUUUUUCUUUCUGCA